AUGGCGGCUGCUAAGCGGAUGCGAUUCUCGCUUGGUGAAAGUUCCAAGAGUCAAAAUGGAUCUAAUUCAAAAGGAAAUUCUUCUAAAAGUGGGAAAGUUCAUAACGUAGACUCUCUUCUAGACAUAUGUGCUAAAAUCGUGGGCGAAAAUAUCCCUUUUCAAACUAUUGAGCAGCGUUUUGACAGAAUACCCGAACCAGUCCAAAGCAGGAUUGUGUUUUGGUCGUUUCCUCGAAAUGAAAGGGAUAUUUGCAUGUAUUCUUCCUUUACUCAGGUCGGAAAAGAAAAUGCAGACAGUGACAAACUUCCAUUCAACCAAGGUGUUAAACUUUUGGAAUCUGGAGCAGUGGAUAAUGUUUUACAAAUAGGAUUCCAUUUAAGUGGGCGAGUCACAGAGCCAGCUAGUCCUCUAUUCUCACAGCCUGAACGUGUCUUUCAAGUUUCUAUCAGCUUUGAUAGGUGUAAAAUUACAUCGGUAAAAUGUGGUUGCGGCAACAAAGAUAUAUUUUGGUGUCAGCAUGUUGUCGCGUUGUCCCUGUACAGAAUUCGCAAAGCGGACAGUGUACAGUUACGGGUACCUAUUUCCGAAACAUUAUUACAAAUGAACCGAGAUCAAUUACAAAAGUUUGCGCAGUAUUUAAUAUCCGAGCAUCAUACGGACGUGCUUCCCACCGCCCAGAAUAUUGCAGACGAAAUUUUACAAGCAAAGUCACAAAUCAACAUGCUGGAUGGUGCUCCGGACCCUACAGCAGGGGCGUCAGUGGACGAGGAGAACAGCUGGCAUUUGGACGAGGAUCAGGUCCGGGAACAAGUGCGCGCAUACCUCUCUCAGGGAAACUACCUCACUUCCGCUAACCACCUCAAUGCCAUGUUUGCAAAAGUGCGAGAAAUGUUACAAGCAAAGGACUCCAAUGGAGCUCGAAUGUUACGUCUGAUCACAGAGCAGUUCUUGGCCGACCCACGACUGGUCGUGUGGCGCGCGCAGGGUACACAGAUGAACGACAAGUGCAGACAACUCUGGGAUGAACUAGGUGCUCUGUGGGUGUGCGUAGUCUUGAACCCAAAUUCGGGCUGUCUCGACAAGGAACAGUGGCAACAGCUUCUCGAGUCAUGGUCAGCGAAUCACGUGUGUCCACUGGAGGAUGCUGACUCUCGAUCGAUAAUAACGACGCAUCUUGGUGCUGAUAAUCUAGGCGCUACUCUUAGUCAGCAGCAGUCUCGAGCAAGAACGAUAUUCCACAGAGCUUUGGAGGCGAGUAAACUCACAUGGAAAGAUCGGCACCUACAGCUCAUCUUAAACUACGAUAUCGAUAUCGACACUGCUGACCGAGAAUCAGACCUGUUUGAUUGUCGGGGAGUUCCUCUAUGGCAUGAGCACCUCCCAACAGCAUGUGCCCGUGUUGAUGCUCUACGUUCCCAUGGUUACAGUCAGGAAGGGCUACGAUUGGCUGUAAUCAUUGUCCAAACACUGAAACACCAGCAGAAAUUGAACCUAGAGAAACAUCGAAUAGAAAUGGAAGGUUUGCCGAGCACUAGUCGCGGUUCAGGGACUUCGUUUCUCGUGCAGACCAACAUGGAGCCCUGGGUGGGACACCCGCUAGACCCGAUAUCAGUGCUGUUUGACACACUUCUCGAGGCGUCAAAAGUCGAGGAAUCUCCACAUGGCAUGGAUCCACUAAGUAGUCGUCUGUUUUUCAACGAGAACGGAUCCAGCUGUCUUCCAGUGAGAUACAACCAUCGUCCUGUCCCUGGUCACUGUGAGCUAACAGAAUCCUACCUCACCCUCGCUCUAGAGAUCGCAUUGAUAGGCCUGGGCCAACAACGGAACAUGCCAACAGGCUUGUAUGCCCAGGAGAAGACGUGUAAACAGGAACAAAAACUUCUUUCGAAGCUGCAGGCCCUUGAUCUCGACCCAACCCUCGUUGACGUUCUUUGUCAGCAAUGUUGUCACAUGUUAGAAGGAGGCCCAACAUGUGGUCUAGGUAUGGGAAUUCACACAGAGAGCUACCCGAUGCACACCUUCGCCAAAUACCUCUUCAACAGUCUCCUUACUCAUGACGAAGACCUUGCAUACAGGGUCGGACUAAGAGCUUUAAGAUUGCCAGUGUUAGAGAACACAGAAGAAAUUGAUGAUGGAAUAAACAACAUGGGUUCCAUGGUGCUGAGUCGGUUUCCACGCUGGUUCAUUCUCGAACACGUCGAGGGACAGCAAUGCGAGCUGGCAUGUACACUUCUCAACGCUGCCAAAGAAAGGUUACACGCCACUAUUUCAGACUCGUCAUCGCGCCUGACGACGGUGCUUGAGGCUUCUCAACAGCACAUACAUAGUUCAUCUCAGCUGUUCAAGUUGGCCCAGGACUCCUUCAAGAUUGCCACACCCCCUGACAACCCUAAACACCUCCCAGCCCUUAAUGCGGCUUACAAGUUAGGGCUUCAGGUGAUGCGUAUGACACUGAUGACGAUGAACUGGCGACGUCGAGACAUGGUACGGUGGCUGGUUACAUGCGCGACGGAGGUGGGAGUACACGCGCUCAUGUCCAUCAUGCAGACAUGGUACUCUCUCUUCCAGCCUAUAGAGGCUACAGGGAUGGUGGCGACCACGAUCAUGACUCCAGCGACCAUGAUUCAGCUGAACCUGACAUUUCCACAGCAAGAAGAGCUAGCCAAGUGUGCCCGUACCCUCGCGCUGCAGUGUGCAUCCAAGGACCCCCAGAAUUGUGCUCUCUGUGCGCUCACACUCUGUGAGAAGGAUGCGGUUGCCUUUGAGACUGCCUAUCAGAUUGUUGUGGAUUCUGCCUCACAUAUCAUGAACUCGAGUCAUUUGUUCACGAUAGCAAGAUACAUGGAGCAUCGUCAUUAUAGACACAGAGCAUACAAACUGUCACUCCUUGCUAUGAAAAAUCUGCACCUGGCUUACAACCAGGAUUCGCAUCCUGCAAUUAACGAUAUACACUGGGCGUGUGCAUUAAGCCAUUCCUUAGGAAGAGUCGAACUAGGCAAUAUGAUCCCUCUUCUGGUGAAAAACGUGCAAUGUGCGAUGGUGUUGUCUGACAUUCUCCGGCGUUGUACACUCUCCGCACCUGGUCUGGCUAACACAGACGGAAAACGUCGCACUGUUAAACUGUUGUCGUACGACAAACAGCCCCUUCGCCAGCUAAUGGAGGCUACAAUAUGUGCAUUUGUGAAUACAACACACUCGAAGCUUACUCACAUUAGUCCGAGGCAUUACGGGGAUUUCAUAGACUUCCUGAGCAAAGCACGGGACACGUUUUUGCUCGCCCACGACGGACAUAUGCAAUUCACUCAGCUUAUAGACAGUCUAAAACUUGUGUACAAAGGCAAGAAAAAACUUAUGUCACUCAUUAAAGAGAGAUUUGGGUUGUGACCCGAGACUGGAAUUAGCAAUAUUUUUCGUUACAUAGAGAAUAUUUGCUUGUGAGCAAAUAAAACAAGGUAUUUCCCUCAAUAUGCUUGAGCCUGCGUUGCACUCAUAAAUUAUAUCUCAUUGUCUUAUGUUAGUGCUAUGAGGGGGCUUCAAAAGUCCUUUGACUUCGUUGUAUUCUAUUUAUUUAAUGUUAAUGUAUUUGAUAGAGGUAUAUUGUGCUAAGGACAUUUAUUUGUUUUCUUCCUAUGUGAAGUUGAUUAAAUUUCUCAGUCCUAUUGUUCAUCAUUUCUUCACAAUUUAAGUUAUCUGAAUUGUUCAGUCGUAUUUAUUUUAUAUACAAUUGUGUGUAUAAUUAUGUCUACCUACUGACCUGGCAUUAUACGUGUAUGUUUUUGGCGAGAAAUUUGAAAAAAGGUAAGAAAAUCAUCGGAACAAAUUAUUGACGUCCACUUUAUAACGGGUAAAUUUUUGCAUUAUAAGAACAAAGGGCCCACCUUAUCAGCAACAUUAUUCGAGCAUUCGCUAUCCGAAACAAUACUGAAAAAAUAAUUGGGGAGAAAAUGGAUGUUUGAUUCAUUGGCUUAGAAAGAGUUUGUUCGAGUUUGACAUUAUAAAUAUUCUUUUGAAUUUGUGAUGUUGACUUCAAUAAUUUAUGAAAAAUCUUCAUCUUACAAUAUAUUUUUCCUUAAAUUGUUGAUAAGUGGGCCUCUGUGUUGUUGGAUGUUUUCGUAUAAACAGCGUCAUCUUUGUUUGUUUUUUUCUUUGAGAAAAUGUAAAAAAUGUGAGAAAAUGUAAAAAAUGAAAAAGUGGUUCACGGGACCAAUUAUUGAUUAUUAGUGAUUAUUGAUAAUCAUAAGAGUUGUGCAUAAUCAUGUUUCGAAGGAGUUCAAAUCCAAAACGCCUAUUAUUGCGCGAAAUAAGCAAUAUAUAUCUGGCUUCCACUUCUGGUAUAUACAAGAUGAAUUGUGUUGUCAAUUUGAAUAUCUCAUUUAUAUUUGUCUAGUGAACAUCAAUCGUUAACAUUUCUACUUUUUUUUUUUAUUUGUUUCCUAAUACUUACCUUUGGAAUAAGUAAAUUUUUUGGUAUAUGGGAUAUAUAUAUUUUCAAAGGAAUAUUUUGGAAGAUUUUCAAUAGGAAACAUAGUCAAGAUUUUUUUAUAAAAGAAUAUUGGAAGUAUUGGAUAUAAAAUAUCAGUGUCUAAAGAAAUCUAGUAAGACUUACCAGUUCGGAAUAGAGUCUAUUUAUGUACAUAAGUGACCUGGUGCUGAAGUUUUGUUUCAUAUACAUUGAUGUUAUGUUGUUGUUGUAUGUGCCAUUAUUUGUGCAUGAAAGUUUCUCUAGGUGAAAUAAGUAUAAACUAUAAACUAAGUAGCCCUAUGUUUAAAGGGUUUUCUGUCAGUGAAAGAUUUUUUUUUUGUCAGGUUUUGGUAUGCCAAAAUAAAUUUAGGAGGGAACAAAUGGAUAGAAAAAUUAUGGCUACUGUCUUGCUAUUCAUUGAAAAUUUAUACAAAAGCAAUUAGCAUUUAAUCAGAAACUAUAGGAGGAAUGCAUGUCAGAUGCAAAAUACCCCAAACAAACCCUGAACUUGUGAGGUUCAUGGUAAGUUCUGGGUCUCCUUCUUGCAGAUCAAAUUAAGAUUUAAACCAAUGAAAAACUGUUAUAAAUAUUUAAACCAAUGAAAAACUGUUAUAAAUAUUUAAACCAGUGAAAUACUGUUCUUGAUAUUGUGAAGCGUAUUUACCGUAACUACCCUAUUGUUUAAUGGUUUUGUUUUUACCAUGUAUGUGUUAAAGAUUUUAUUUCUGUUAUUGUUGAUUUUUGUUCAGGAAUUAUAACAACAGAUUCUGAAAUAUUGUAUGCAGGAUCAGCAUUUAUUUAUGACAGUCUUACCAUUUUUCUGUUGCAUUUUCAAUUCUGACAAUGGGUCUAAUCACAGGCUUUCUACUGGGUCAUAGUAGGCGGAGCUUACCCGUGCAAUAACUAUCCUGCGGAUUAUAUGGUUCAAAUCAAUUACUUUAACAUUACCGUCAUGAUUGAAAUCAUACUAGCGCAAAUUGCCCGUGGAUAAUUUCUAACUCUAAUUUUAACUGCAGUAAUUAUGACUUAUACAAUAAACGCAUAUGCCCAAAUAAAAUCGUAUGGAGGCUUUUUGGGGGCAUUUUAAGAAAUUUAAGAACCUUGAUAAUACUUUUUCUUACAGCAAAUCCUUAUUUUGCUGUAGGAUAAUCUUCUGAUCAUGCAUCUUUCUGAUCUUGUACCCUACUGUACAACUCUGAGGUUAAACACCACCAAAUGUUAAUGAAAUGUAUGGGUUGAAAUUACUCAAUAUUAACUUUCAAAAUAUGCCAAAUACUUAUGUUUUAUAUCUACUUUUCUGCGUCAAAAACUUCUGUACCCUAUUAAUUACUGAAAUUAAAUUCCAUACAUUUCCUACUCACUGUUCAUUAGCCAGUAGAAAACCUGAGUUCUUUUUGUUGCAUUUUCAUGUCUGACUGUCGUCUAUAAGAAUUUACUGUUGUCAUUUUUGUCUUUAUGCUUUGGACUGACUUCGUAUUUUGUAAAAUUGUGUAGAAAAGAUCUGAUCAAUUUUGUAAUUGAAAGUUACAUUUAAACAUUUUACUUUGAAAUUAUUUAAGGUUCAUGUGCUAACAUCAUAAGCGAAUAUAUCUAAACUUUAAAUUGUCAAACUGAUUGCAUUACUCAGUAUUAUAGCUAUGUGCAAAACUAUUUCAAUGCCAUAAAGGAGAGUGUAGCAAAACCUUUAACAAUAUCAGCAGAUGGUAUAUAAAGGUGAAUAAAUAAUAAUAUUGUAUUCAUGAAAGACUGUGGGUAUAUCAAAAUGGGAAAAUAACAAUCGGUAUCGGAAAUUACGAUUGUAUAUGCUGCAUUGAACAGUUCAAAUUAGGUGUUCUUAAAAGAAAUUUUUCACUGAUAAUGCAACAAAAACUGGUUUUAAAACAUGUAUGUCUUUAAACACACAAUUUUUGUUCCAUUCUGUCAACAAACUGCUUAAAGAAAAAAUGAUUUUUAGUAUUAUAAAAUGUUUACUUUACAAUGUAUUAUAUCUUAACUAAUAUGCAAAUUGUUUGAGCAGAUAUUUGGUAAGAAUGGUACUGUGUUCUUUGCAAAAUAUGCAUAGCAUAAUACUUUUAGAAGAGCUCUUUCGGAGCAAAUGCUGAUGCUAACCCUAGUAUUAGUUUUGUCCAUUUGAACAGCAAGAGCCUUGGUGUACAUGCGUGUAUUGAACUGGACAACAUACGAACCAAGUUUCAGUUAAAUAUCUUAAAAUUUUUUUUAGUUCCAAUUAUGAUGAGUUUGCAGAAUUAUAACAACUCUUGACAACACAAAACACAAAGGCUUUCUCAGAACCCG